GGGAAAAUGCUUCCUAGAUGAUAUAUCUAUACGGUUUUAUUUUUCUAUUUAUUUUGCUAUUUGCUUAGGGUGAUGUCUUAAUAGCAACAAUUAUGCAUUGUUUAUCGAAAUUUACUCAAUGCCCUUGUAUCCCAGGAUAAAUGGAACGAGAGAACACCCGCGAACGGGCUGCUACGCCACUGGUCAGUUAUGCGAGUUGGCAACGAAUUUGUGUUCCAAUAACCUGACAGUUAUGCGAAUGUAGUUCGUUUUCAGCUUUGAUUUUGAACGUCUGCCUAGCGAUA